AUGUCCGCCAAUGAGAUGACCGCCAAACCUGAGGCUGAACAAGCCGAGAAUAUUGGAACCAGAGUUGCCAAGAGUUUGAGCAAGCGACUGUCUCUGGGCGGCGGAAGCAAAGGGGGAGCCAGUCAUGGAGACGGCCAUGAUACGAUACUCGACAAAAGUGCUUCCAUCAGAGAUGAAAUGAGCCACGGCAACUUCAACGGUGCCAAAGAGAUCAUUACUGGAGGCCAGACCAAGGGAUCCAUGAGCCAAGGCGAUACUGGCGGGGCUUCGAGUAGUACCGGAGCCAACAAACCAGAUAUGAACAAAGAAAAUGCCAAGGAGACUGGACAGCAAAUCAACAAGGGAAUCAGCCAGGACCAAUCCGACCAAGCCUUAAUGAGUGAAUCAAGCAAGGACCAGCGGAACACCACAGGCACACCCGUCAUUCGGCUCAGGAAAGAAAGUGCCCCCAAAGACAAGCCCGAAACAGAGUCGCCUCAAGUAUCCGACCAGAAGGAGCAACACCAAAGCCACUCGGACCGCCGAGGCAGUGUCGCAGCCGGUAUGCUUGAACCAAACUACGAUAUUCGCAAGGGCCCUAUCACCGAGAAAGGAACAUUCCAAGAAAAGAACUUCCACAAUAAGACUGGCCGAGAGACUAUCAUGAAGAGAGACGAAGGAAUCACCAGCAAGAGUCUUACCGAAGCGGACACCGGCACCCAAGCCCAAAAGGGUAAAACCAUUGGAUUCAGCAGCGACCAGCAAGGCUCCUCCACAGCCGGCACCGCAGAAUCAAACAAGGGCAAGGGAAAGUCGAGCACCGACCAGCAAGGCUUUUCCCAAGCCGACACUGCAGAAUCAAGCAACGACAGGGGAAAAUCAAGCACCCCCAAGCGUAACUCUUCUCAGUUUGCCUCUGCCGCAGCACCAAGCAAGGCCACAGACAGCUCCAGUCAAUUGAAGACUAGGGGAGCAAAUGCUGAGAACGACUUCAGCGAAGACUACAUCCAGAACGAGCUUCAUGACCAGGAAAAUAUCAGCGGCGACGUCUUCGAUGACGGAACCGGCGGCAAGGGUCUUUCCAAGAAAUCCGGCGAACAAGACAUGGCCAAAAAGUCUCUUGCCAACCAGAAAGCCCUUGGCCCACAAGGCUCUAAGAAAUCGCAGCAACCAGGAGCUGGCGAGGACGUUGAAGCUAUAGCUGCGGCGGCUAUUGGCGGCGGUGGCAUGAGUAAAGCAACCAGCAACAAAACUUCUGCUACCGAAGACAAGUCCCUUGCCAACCAGAAGACCCUUGGUCCACAGGGUUCCAAGACUUCGCAGCAACCAGGAGGCGACGAGGACUUUGCAGCUAUGGCUGCGGCGGCGAUUGGCGGCGGCGGAAUGAGCAAAGCAACAAGCAGCAAGUCUUCCACCGCCAAAGAGCAGUCAAGCAAGAGCUACUCCACUUCUGGAAUCAAUCAGAUGCCUCGCAAAGAUCUUGCCAAUCCAAAUACUCUUGCUUCCACGAGCCCAAAGAGUCAGCUCCAACCAACUGUCAGUGCUUUUGAUUCCACAAGUAGCAAGAAAAUGGAAAGCGAAAGCCACGCAAAGAAGAGUACCUCCGGUGCAAUUCUGGGCCAAAGUACUGGUCAGGGCUUUAGCUCGGCCAUACCAACUGAAAGUGCUUAUCCUAGCACUGGUGGCAUGAGCCGGGCUAGUGACAUGGGCCAGACCAGCAACAUGGGCCCGAUCAGUGGUAUUGACCAAACCAGUGGCUUGCGCUCUACCACUACUAGCCAGACAAACAAGUCCAUGUUUUCUGACAACGGUCAGACCACCCAAGCGGCCAUGGUCGGCGGAGGAAGACUCCAGAAGACUGGCGCCUACAGCGAGACCAGCAAAAAUGCGGCCAGUACUGCCCUUGGAAGCGGUCUCGGUAGCGGUAGUACCGGCACUGGCAGUAUGAAUGGUGCAGCUACAAAGCGCACUGUGAGACAGCUCAGUAGCGGUGGCUUCAAACUUACUGUUCUCCAGGAGAAGGUUCAGGCUGUGUCUCAGAAGUGCAAGACUCAGCUGGGUCUUUCUUCCGAUGAGAUCAGUCGCCGCAGUCCUACUGUUGACUCUUUCUUCGAUGCUGUUGCUUCUGAGCGUCUCCGCUGGAUGCCCCGCGAUGGCAGCAAGCUCGACUGCUGUCUCAGAUGGGCUUCCAGACUGGCAUAUGCCGUCGACGCUCUCCGCGAGUCUGUUGGAGCCUUCGCACCCGCUGCAAACGAGGCUGCGAUGCUCAUUUGGGGAUUCUCUAUUCUCCUUUUGGAAUCCGACAUUGACAACACUGAUGUAUUUGAAAGCGUCUUUGGCCGAUAUGGUCGCGUUGCUGUCGGCAUCUAUUUGCUUCUCCAGUACGAGACUGCGUACAAGUCAUCGCCCGAGCUCCAGCCGGAGGUUGCUGCAGUCUUUGCUGACCUGCUUGAAAUGGUCUGUAGCACGACAACGAGCUGUGUGGAGGGAUUCAAGAGCAAGGAGUCUGACCAGGUCAUUGGCCGCAACGUUGACGCAGCCUUUGUGACCUAUGCCAAGCGCUACUCCACUCAUUGGAACUGCGUUGUUGACUCGCAUACCUUCAAGCUCGUGAAAAAUAGUUCCCAGAUUUAUUCUUCUCCUGAGCUGGGUAGCUUGCGACAAUUCCUAGGAGUACAGGAUCGUCCUCUCCAGUUCAUCCUAGAUUCUCGCUCCCAUGUUCUCGCGGAGGGUUCGUUUGAGUGGUUUAACAAUUCACUUUACGACUUCACUGUUGCCACCACCCCUGUCAUGCUAAUCACAGGUGGAGCUGGCUCUGGAAAGAGUGCCAUGGCUCAAUGGACUGUCGAGAGACUGCAGGAGUCCGCUGAGCAUGAUAGCUGGAAUGUCAUUCCGUACACAAUCCGGGCCGACAUCCCGGUAGCUACUCUGCCUCUGCGAAUCCUGAAGGGUGUUCUUCACCAGAUGUUGGAUCACUGCGUCAGUGACAUCCCAACACAGGAGGCAAUUCUUGUUGAUGUUGCCAAGGCCGCUCAAGGUGCCAUCGAUGGAGCUGGCGAUGACGAAGUCGAAGAGUCUCUGUGGAAGGGUAUCAGGACUGGUCUAUCCUCCAACAUUCAGUACAUGUUUGUGAUCGAUGGCAUUGAUCAAAUCAAGGGAGGUGAUGCCGAUGCUAUGGCUUGCUUGGAUCACUUCUGCGAUAUUCUCGCGAAGCAAAACGCUGGAUCUAAGAUGAUCGCUUUCUCCCGACCAUUAAACGCAACAAUGGGCUCUAGGAAUGUCCAAAAGUGUACUAUGCAGACUUCUCAGACCAAGACAGACCUUACGGCCUAUGUGAACAAGAUGCUUGCGUCUGGCGCAAAUUUCGACACCCUCAAGGGCAAUCAGCUUGAAUCGGCUGUGGGAUCCAUCGUCAAACGAUCCCAGGGCUCUUUCAGCUGGGCGGAGAUGGCUGUAGCCUACGCCAAGCAGCAAAAGACCAUGAGUCAGGCUGUUCAGUCUGUGCAAAACUUGCCGCAGUCGAUGCCAGAGCUUCUUGACUUCCACUCCGCGAGUGUCGACUUCAGUCAGCAGGGAACUCUCAAUAUUGUCUCUUGGCUUGCAGCUGCCGAGCGACCCUUGUUAGUCGAGGAAAUUGAGCAGCUCUUGAAUGUGGAUCCAAAGGGGCCUCGUUUCCUGUCUAGUAAGCCACCUGAAAGCCAUGACACUCUGAAUGCACUCUGCCCCUUGGUUAUGACUCGCGAUGGUGUCGUGUCCUUUGCCCACACCUGUAUUCGUGAUCAUGUCAUCAGUCAGGCGAAGUCCUCGGGAUCCAGGUCUCUUAAUCUCAGAGAGGCCCACUACGACUUGCUCACUCGAUGCCUGGCUAGUGUGCAGCUCAGCGUCCAAGAAGAAGUCGAUAUUUCUAUGGACAAGUUGAGCAUGGAGGAACGUAAUCACCUCUUCGACAAGUAUGCUAUUUUGGAGUACACCGCACGCUAUUGGCUGUCACACCUGCUGUCCUCACCUCUGGUGACCGACGACGGAGAAUUCCAAUUCGACGCGGGCUUUAAAAAGCUCCUCCCAGCAACAGUUCUCUUUGCCCGUUUGGAGUUGACUUGCCGCGAAUCCCAGUUCACUCGUUCCAGUGUCGUAGAGCUCUACCGACUGGCAAGCGAUAUUCGCCGAGUUGUUCUUGGGGAUAAGAACAUGGCCUUGCUGCAAAGCUUGCUUCUCAGCUCUCGUGUGGCUAAGUUUGCUCACGCCAGUCACGCUGACGAGCACUGCUACGAAGCAUGGAAGCUGAGCCAAGAACUUCUUGGGCAGUCAUACUCGGUUACUCUGACGUGUUCUGAGAUGAUGACCCAAACCUUCUCCGAAAAAGGAACCAUGACCACCCAGCAGGAGGAUAUCAUGAGAUAUUUGAUCCUGACCGACACGGAAAUUACUGGCGUGGAAUUCAAUCAGCGUUUGAAGUAUCUCGGUAUUAUUGUCGGCCUAUACAAGUCCCGCAGUGACCAGAACUCCGCCCUUCUCAUCUCGAAGCACUUCUACCAGCAGGUUCUCCAGAAGUACGGUACAAACUCACGCCAGUCCUCCGAAACUGCCGACUUCUUGACCGCACAAUUCUCUAGCACCGGAAGCGAUGAGAUGAGUCGAGACAUUGCUAGAACCAAGUAUGACAAUGUUAUCCGCACUAUGGAAGUCACUGAUGAGCGGCGCAUCAACUAUACUCUCUACAUGGCCCAGAUGUACGAGCAGGAAGGUGAAUUUGCUCAUGCUCAAGCCGUACUUUCUAGCCUUUGGGCUGGUUUGAACUCGCGUGACAUUGAUUCAGUUGACAUGAUGGACAAAAAGGCCAAUGUGGCUCUCUUGUACUAUCAGUUCCUUCGCCGCCACGGCCGAAACGACGAGGCCGAAGUCAUCAUGCGUGAAUUGGUCGCUGAUCUUGAGGUUACCGGUGUCCACUCCUCAGAAAUGAUGCACCGUGUGCACCUGCUGAGGACCGAGACACAAGAGAUGCACCUGUGGGGUCUCGAUCGCACACUGUCAGUGCUCAUGUGGCGAUACUACAAGGAGACUAAUCAGGAAUACUCCGAGGACUCAACUGCUUUGGCCUUGACGAUUGCCCAAAGCAUGUCUAACUCUGUCUCAACGGAGCGAGCAUCUUCGCUCUCUGUCAAAGACCGAAAGUUGUUGGUUGAGCUGCUGGAUGUCAUUUCGGCAAGCUCGAGCAACAUGACUGUCACCACCUUGAUCAUGUGUCAUAAUCUCUCCAGUAUAUACAUUUACGAGGAAGACUGGGCACAGGCCAGUGAAUGCUCUAUGGCUGUUCUGCAGCAUAUCUGGCCAACUGUCGAGCAAUCGAAAUCGUACAAGAAAUUCUCAACUGAGUUGGCACCACCUGCAGCAGAUCUUGCCCUGAUCUUGGCUUACUGCCACUUCCGCAGACUGCACCUGGAACAGGCUACAACUGUUUACGACAAUGCAUUCGGGUCUUUGAUUUCAUCGGACAAGGUUCCAGUUCCGUCUGUGCUAGCUGUCGCCAAGGCUGUGGUCGAAUUCUAUGAGACAUCAUAUCAGUUUACCAAGGCGUUGAGUCUGCUCCACACCGUCAGUAACUUCCUGACAGCUCGCCUUGGACAGAGUCACACGCAUACUAUUGACAACAUGUACCUUGAGGCUGCUUUGGCAACUCGCUUGGAGAUGACUGGUGAGGCCAAGAGCACUUACCAGCGUAUCCACAACGUCACCUCUCGGGAUGGCAAGAUCGCCCCUGAGGGCAUCGAUGCCGCCAUUGCUCUAAUUGCUCUCUAUGAGGGAGAAAUGCAGUGGGAUUCUGCCUUGAGUGUCUAUCGCUCACUUUGGCCUACCCUUGUUGUCGAGGAUAACAAGAAGCACACCUUUGACCAGAUUUUGGUGGAUCGCAUGCUGGAGAAGACCUAUCUUGGGUACAUGUCUAUUCUGACCACCCGAAAUGUCAAUGGCUCCGAUUUCAACGAGCGAUACCAGGUUGCUUCUGACUAUGUCAUGACCUGUCGCCAUGUGCACGGCCCUACCAGCCAGAAGACGCUCAACGCUACCCUGCUGUUUGCUGAGCUAUGCGAGAGCAGCGACUCUCACAUUGAUGAGGCAAUCAGGCUGUACAAGCAGCCUCUGCAGACGAGUGAAUGGGUUGAUGAAAGCCAGUCAUCCAAGGGCCUUGAUCAGAUGACACAGCCACUGCCAAUUACGCUCAAGCAUAAGCUGGCACAGCUCUAUGUUCGAAAGCAUGAUUCAACCAGUGAUGCUCGCUACCUCUACACAGAGGAGUUCCAACUAGCAAAGAAGACACAGGGAUACUUUUCUUCUACUACUCUUUCUUGGUUGCGUGAGCUCGCAAUGGCCCACUCCAGACAGGGAACUUCGACUGCUGUUCAACAGGGCAACGCGAUUCUCCACACCUUUGUUACCGACGUAUUACACGCUGGCGGUGACCCCGAGCAGAUGAGUGACUGGGCUCGCAAGGUUGCUUCAAUCUAUCUCGAAUGUGGAUUCAUUGAAGGCGGCAAUAGUAUGCUUGACGAAUUGCGCCACCGCGUGGUGUACAGCUCUGAAGCUUCCGCCAUGGCUCUGUAUGACCGACGCGACGCGGUAUUUGUCGCUGGCUUUGAAGAAGCCUUCGGUAGACGCGCUACUUACAGCCAGAUCAUGACCGAGAUGACUCGUGAGAUGUCUACUUACCAGGAGUUCUCCAAGAGCCUCACUGGCCACGACUUCAUUCCUACUUUGAUAACCGGUCAUAUUCUGUACAACCUUCAGACCGAACAGAAGCGAGUCCGUGCCGCCGCAGAUACGAAGGACAAGCUGUACGAAUAUUUCUGCUCCAACCUAUCGGUUACCAAUGUUUCCGAUAAGCAGAUCGUGCAGCAGUUCUACCAGAUCUGCCUGCGUGAGAUCCACAAUGACAACUAUAACAUGAGGAUUCUCACCAAGACAGCGGACAGUGUCCGCGAGUUGUGCAAUUCCUCCCGUUUCCAGGAUGCAACUAUCCUAACAGGCGUGCUGCAAUCGUUCAUGCACUUAACCGAAAGUCUGAACAACUACAACAGCAUCAAGGCAGCCACCCAGAUUUGUCUAUACUUGAGCGGUCACAAGGCCACCAAGUGCACAGACGAGAAGACCUUCCUCGACAUGUCAGUCAAAUCCAAGCUGCUCCUUCAGGAAAUUAUGGCAGCAUCCAAGUCCAUCGGCAUCGACAUGGUGGAUCUGCCAUUCAACGACCUGAAUGACAUUAUUACCCUCCUAGGAGAGUACGACAUGUUCGACGAACUCGAGGGAAUUCUCACCCAGCUCUGGACCUCCCGCAUCGUCCAGCGCACCUGGACACCAGACGUGGUCGUCUGGAUUGGCCGCCGCCUUGUUGAAACCCGCUUCUGCCGCGGCCACGUUGACUCAGCCAUUCAGCUUUGCCGCGACAUCUGCUACAAUCUGCGUCAAGUCUGGGGCAGCUGUGACCCCGUCACUCUGGAAAUGACCAAAUUGCUCUCCGGUUUGUUCACUGCAUCGGAAAACCACCAAUCGGCAGCUACCCUCCACGAGGGAAUUCUUUACGACUUGCUUGGCGAUAAAGAAGCAAAGGGCCACGCCCGCGCCGCCGAUACUGCUUUGCAGCACAUGAAAUUGCUCCGCCGUGCUCAGGGCCGUAUGGGUAUUGAUAAGACUUCGCGCAGAGCCUCAGCUCAUGCAGAUCUGUUCCAGCAGCUGGGCUCCCGCUUUGGCAUUGAGUCUGACCAGAUUCAGAGCAUCGGUAAUGCCGAUGGUGGUGAACAAUUUGGAAUGUGGUCCAAGCCUCGCCGCUUCAGUUUGGACGUUGAGGAUCUGGAAGAGGAGGGACAGGUCCACCACAAUCAUCUUCGUGAGUCUAGUGGUGCUGGCUUGUAUGGCAAUGGUGCUCCGAGACGUAUUUCGGUCCAGGCACUCUAA